AUGCCUUCCACAGCCCCCCGCCGUCCCAAGCAGCCCAAGAAGCAAGAGCCCAUCAGCUACGACAUCAACAUCCCCUAUGUCGACGUAGACAAGCAAUCCAAGAUCACAACCAAAUACCCCCAAUACCUCCCCUCCUGGGACCCAAUCUGGUUCGACCCACUCCAGCCCUUCGAAUAUGAAGACCCAGCCCUCCGCGUGCGCAACAAAUCAAAACCCAACCUGCUGCCCGCAACCGCCAAAGUCUCGCACAUCCAGCCCAGCCUAGGCACAAUCAUCGAGAACGUCCAGCUCUCCGAGCUCUCCGCCGCCGGACGGGACGAGCUCGCCCUGCUCAUCUCCGAGCGCAAGGUCGUCGCCUUCCCAGACCAGGACCUGAUCGAUGCGGGCCCAGAUGCCCAGGAAUCCUUCAUGCGCCACUUCGGCAAACCAAACUACCAGCCCGUGUCCGGCUCCAUGACCGACCAUCCCGCCUUCCACAUCAUCCACCGCGACGGCAACAGAGACGAGAUCACCCGCUUCCUGCAGCAGCGCACUACAACCACCCUCUGGCACCAGGACGUCAGCUACGAGAUCCAGCCGCCGGCCUAUGUCAUGCUUGGCCUCCUGCAGGGCCCCGAGGUCGGCGGUGAUACCGUCUUCGCGGCUACGGACCUAGCCUACAGGCGGCUUUCGCCGGCUGUCACGGCUUUCCUGGAUGGCUUGAAGGUUACGCAUUCGUCGGCGAAGAUGAUUGGCCAUGCGCGCCUGACGGGUGGGUUGGUCAGGAAGGAUCCUGUUGAUACUGUCCACCCGCUUAUCCGGGUGCAUCCCGUGACCGGGGAGAAGUGUAUGUUUUUGAAUGGGGAGUUUAUUACGCGGAUUGAUGGGCUCAAGGAUACCGAGACCAAGUGGGUGUUGGAUUUCCUUAUGAAUCACCUCGUUGCCGGUCAUGAUUUCCAGGUUCGCGUGCGCUGGCAACCGAGGACUAUUGUGAUGUUUGAUAAUCGCUCGACUAUUCACUCUGCUAUUGUGGACUACUUGGAUGAUGAUAACGGUGCCAAGGCUCGUCAUAUCUUCCGCUUGGCUGCUAUGGGCGAGAAACCUAUUCCUGUCUAUGAGGAUGAGGAGGACGAGGAGUUCGAAUGA